AUGCUUCCAUAUAAUGGUAUGGAAGCCCUGCAAGCCCCGAUCGGUCUGCUCAAGGCGCAGGCGCGCCCGCCUGGAACGAACUCGCCCCCGGGGCGUUUUCAUCCCUAUUAUCGAGAUCACCUCCCUGAACUAUACGACAAGGACGUCAUUGUCUUGGGCGAUGACGACGACAACAACAACAAUGACAACGAUGAGGAGCUCGUUAUCACGGGAAGUCGACAGGUUCCAAAACCAUGGAACCAGAAACCACGAAGGGACGUCCACAUCAACCAGGCUUGGCAAUUGUUCGAUGGGCCGGUGGGAUUUCAUCGCGGGUGCGAUGUCGAGUUGGCGGACCAUUCCUUUAUGCGAAUCGACGAAUAUCUUCCCUUUGUCGAGGGCGGCCCCUUGAUCAAAGGAUACAGACUCUUGCAUCAGAAUCACUGGGAGCUGUUGAUGCCCGAGCGGCCGUUUGAGCUAGUACAGCUCGUUAAGAUCGACGAGAACUUGAGUGUUCAAUCCACCAUGUCAACGGCGAAGGUCUCCCAAGUGAUCAGGAAAUGUACAAUCAUCUUCACCAGUCAACGGUACGGGGACUUAAACUACCGAGACCACGUUAGGAGACACUUAGGAAGCGACAAUAACGUACCGUUCAAUGACGUACCAUUCUACUUUUGUCGUUAUAAGAGCGCCGACUGCAACGUGAGAAUUGAUGGGAGAGUUCCAACUGGUCCACCUCUCACGGGCAGGAUCGAACACCUACACUCAAGCCAGGCAGACAAUGGUGUCUUGAUCGCCCCGGACGGUCGGCAAAUCGAGUUCCAGAUAUCGAAUGGAGAGGUGCGCCGGCAAUGGCGUGGAAAGGGACACUCGAAAAGUAGGAGAUACACAUUUGGAGACGCCUUUUGCGGUGCAGGCGGCACUUCGUCUGGUGCUCUCGAGGCAGGCCUGAAGUUCAAAUUCGGUGUCGACUUCGACCUGACAGCAAUUGCGACUUACAGAAAUAACUUUGAGUGUACCGGCACGCAGGUCAUGCUAAACGAUAUCUCCGACUUCAUCAAGAUUGCGUGCGCUUCAGAGGAUGGCUUCAAGGUCGACUUCUUGCAUAUGAGCCCUCCCUGCCAGCCUUUCUGCGGUGCAAACCGAAGUCCAAAUGAAGAGGCUAACAGGGAAAAUAUGAAUGCGUUCUCCAAAGUCGGCGACUUGUUGGAUGUCUGCAAGCCUCGCGUCGCGACGUUGGAGGAGGCAAAGAGCCUCACGGAUAUUGACAAGAGGAAAUAUUUUCGUGACCUCAUCUCUUGGUUCAUCGAAAAGGGGUACAGCGUCCAGUGGAAAGCUGUGGAACUGGCAAAGUUCGGCGUGCCGCAGACAAGGAACCGAACAAUCAUAAUUGCAUCGGGGCCAGGCGAGCAACUUCCUGCUUUCGUUCGACCUACCCACGGCGACGGACCAGGUCUUAAACCAAUUCCAUCCAUCAACAGCGCCAUCAACUCGAUUCCUGCAAACGCAAGCCACCAGAAAGAGAGGCCUUUUAUGCGGGCACCAAAACCUCCAUACGCGGGGACUGAGCUGUGCAAAACCAUCAUGACAUCGGUCAAGUCCCAUCACUACCACCCGAGUGGUCUGCGAAGAUUCAACAUCCGCGAAUAUGCAAGUCUGCAAACCUUUCCUCCAACAUUCGUCUUUGCUGGAUCCAUGUCGGAGAAGCUGAAACAAAUCGGCAAUGCGGUGCCGCCCUUGUUUGCGCAAACCCUUUUCAAACAUUUGAAGGAGAAGUUGACGGCUGCAGACGACGCCGAGGAGGAAGAAUAUCUCUAG